GUGAAUGGCGCCCAGUAAUAGUACGUCCAUCACGUAUCGUCGCAAUAUCUGCAUAGAACCUGCAGGCUGUGUGCAAAAACGUCAACCAAGCCCCAGUACAGCCCCCAAGGUUGAUUAGGCGCAUUUUGGCAUAAGGCCCGGUUUGAUUUAUUACUGUUCCCCAGCUCCCCUCCAUUUCUCCUCUUUGGAUCUGAAAUAAUAAUGUGAUACAGUUUCCUUUCGCCAGUGAUAUUUUCACUGGCAACAGGUCAUGGCCGACCCCAUCGGCGUCAUCGGGACCGGGGUUGGCAUAGCAUCGCUCUGCAUUCAACUGUGCGGUGGAAUCGUAAAUUAUGUGAACGAUUUCAAAGACCGCGAUCCAUACGUCGCUAAAGUUACCGAAUAUCUUGACCACUUGCGAGAUUCCUUCAGCCUAGUCGAAUCUGCUAUACCAGCUUUCGAAAAUGAGCAACCUUCCCCGAGUCAGGCUCCCAACGCGAGCCAAACUCCCUCACCGAGUGAAAUAGUAAAGCUUCGCCUGCAGAACUGCGCAACCGAGCUAAAUUCUCUAUACCUCGAAGUUCAGAAGUACAAAUCUGCCGACGCUACUGACUUCAAAGAGAAGCUCAAAGAAACGAAGAAGAAGUUCCUAUUUCCAUUCACGCGUCCCGAAUUAGAGAAAAUGCUCGAUCGCCUUGAUCGAGUCAAUAGUAACCUCUCAUGGGCGAUUCGGGGGCUUGGCCUUCAUACUAAUGUAACAUUAAGUCAUGCACAAUCAUCGAAUCAUGGCAAGCUCCUGGCCGAGUUCGCGACUGUCCAUAAACAGAUCGAAAGUAUUCCUACGAGAAUAGAUGCUCUCGAGAUGAAUAUCCAAAGAAAUCAAACAGCUAUCGAAGCAGUCUCACAAGUCGCAGAAAGCAUAUUACUCAUCAACACUGAGAUUCGUUCGUCUAUUCCUCAGAUCAAUCAAAUACAGAUCGACACAUCCUCGAAUACGACUCUCUUACAUUCUAUUGAGACAAGUUGUCAGCAACGCGAUGUAAAUUUCGAAGAAAGCAUACGAGAGAUGAAAGCAAUGGUUCGAGGUAGCCAAAACGCAACAGAGGACUUAUGUAAGAUGAUGUCAAGCCCUGCUUUACAGAGAAGGUGGAUGGAUGCCUUAGCAGCCGUCCAGCCUGAUUCAACUCAAAAUAUACAACGAUCUAGACUCACUGCUCUACAACGCCGAGGCAAACGUUUCGUUGGUGACUGUGGCUGUCGCUCUCGUCGCCAAACAACUCGACGAGUUUCCAAAUGGCUCUUCUUAACUCGUCUUGAGGAGUCGGUCAUUGAUUUCUGUCAUGAGCCUGGAUGCCACAAAUAUCAAAACUCCGAGACAAGCCAAAAACACACUGUUGGUUUUGUCUAUACCGGUUUGUGUCAACUACUUAACGUUGCGCUUCAAGUCAGUCUCAUACGUCAAAGCGGCGCUGGUGGCGCCAGCAUCGCCCCAGUAUUUCGAUACUACGCAAUGGUAGACAGCGACCUGUCUCCAGCGUUUCGCAUUGUCGACACCAUAUCAGGGGCGCUUCGGUCUGUUAGAUAUGGUAGCCCAGAAGAUACAGAAGCGGCUUGCGACCAGAUCAUUAGUUUUGGAAUAUCGAAGUUGCGAAACAUCUUUAAUGCCAGAUUGUCAUCGCCAUCAGACGUUGAUGAAGUGGGGUUAACGCUAAUCGAAGCAUAUCUGUUUUCGAUUACAGGAACCUCCCCCUUUAGAGAGUCCGUAUAUCAUACCGGACUACUACGCUUAUUAGAUCUCAAUAUUCCUUGCAUAAGCAAUGCAACAGCAGAACACGGCGAGCUUUCUGCUUUUUGUUCCUGUUGCAAAUUAAUAUUGAAGCCUAAUUCGUCACAUUACGCCAUAAAUACGCUAGCCCCGUUGCUAGUCCAAAACACGCCUGGAGAUUAUGCCCAAGAGCUUUCUUCACUCUCCAGUUACUGGUCCUUUUCUAUAUCUGACCUACGGCGCCUCAUUCUCGAGGUAGAGGGUAUGGCUGAGAUAAUUGGUCUUGAUCAUCCACUUCUCCAUGCUAUAAUUAAAAAAGACGAGGGUUUAUUCGAGCGCUUGCUUCGGAUACUACCAUCAUCGCCUGAUAUGGUUAUAUCUACUUCCAUAUACGGGCUACUCCAUUUCGCAGCUUACUGGCCGAAAGGAUUGGAAUUGCUCCUUGAAGCCCGGCCGGAUCUCGAUUUGGAAAUGGAGUUCUUUCAUAAAACACCAUUGGAAGCGGCGGUACAGUCCAGUACUGAUCUUUGUCAAGAAGAGAAGGGUGCAUUAUGUCAGAAUUGCCCCUGUUUCGAAUCUACGGAAAUCUUAUUGAAGUGCCAUUCUCGGCUCCCUAAUAUCAUGAAACUUGGACUACCGUGUGCCACAACGAAGGUUGUUUAUACUAUACUUAACCAUAUCAAAGAAUGGCGACAGCAGCUCAAGGAUCUAGCGAAAAGGGAACUCUCCAGCGCCGAAAAAAGUCAGUUCAGCCUUUACGAUUCAUCUGUGUUGGAUCAUUCAGCAUGCGAUGUAAUUCGAAGAUUAGAGGCAAGGGGCAUUUCCCCAUCCAAGCAUUUUGGGUUAGAUCCAGACGAUUAUCGUCUUUUCCCAUCUUCUUCAAGGUCUACUAGGUCAGAUUCCAUAUAUCAUCACAUAAGUGAUGUCCGUACAGCCCAGAUUGCCUUCGAGUUGGGAUUCAGAGAUGUCGAUGUGUCUAAUGGAGUAGAGACACCAAUUAUGCGUUUAUGUUGGAAAUUCGGACGCUUCGGGUGGCUUCUUGCCCGGGGUGCAAAUGCUACAAAUCUUUUGCCUGGGGAGAGAGGAUUUUCAGGACAAACGGCUGCCCAUCGAUUCAUGAGAAGCUUUAAAUCUGCAGACGUUCCUAUCCAACUGCACCUCCUUAGCAUCUUCAGGAGGUUCAGUGCACUGCAGAUCGAGGAUAAUUGUCGAUGCAGCUGCUGCAAUACGGGACAUGGGUGCAGUCCUUUGAAAGCGUACAUUAACUCAUUCUUUCAUAAUCCCAGGCCGACAUGGGGGGACCUUUCCUCGAAGGUGCAUGAAGUCUGCGACUUACUAGCUGCUCUUGAGGCUGAUGGCGAAUCUACAUCUGCCAUGGCCAACACAUUUAUACGAGGUAUUACGUUCGAAGCUUUGGGGAUCAAGCAUACGUGCUGCGAGCAUAAAAUCGCAUUCCGGUACCAUGGUUCUGGAGAUGAAUUGCUACUAGGCGAACUUGAGAUAUGGGUGGCUGGAUUUAAGAAAAAGUUCAAAUCUUGCGGGCAACCUCUCUCUGCUUUCCUCAGGGGCUAUUGGGAAAGGCAUAUGGGUCGUGUCUACAGAAAGAAGGAAGCUGAACGCCGGACUUUAUGGGCAAGUUUCCCAAUUAAGAGUGGUCCAGAAGUGGCAUCUCAAGACGAUGAGAAAUCUAUGGAACAUUGGAUCCGUUUGAUGAAUAAAAUUCACCCAGAUGUAGGUGGGACAAAAUAAGAUAUUGUAUUAGUACGGGAGGUCAGUCAAGCCCUAUAUUGAUGACUUUACUUAAUCAAUAUAAAAGUACAUCAAAAUUUAAUUCAAAUUUUUUUUUUAAAAGUAACAUAAACAAA